AUGAACAAUACGGAAAACGAAAGCAAUAAUAAGGAUAAUAAGGACGUCAAGACUUCAGUUACACCCAAGACAUCACCCAAAGUAGCAUCGAAAGAAAUUAAUAAGGUUACAACAACAAAUCAUAAAAAAGUCAAUAAAAAGGAGAGUAAUUCAAGAGCACGAUUACUUUCACGAUGUACGCAUCCAAAACAUGAAGUGUAUACGGAAAAAACGACAAAGCCACCGGCCACAAGUCCACCAAGCAAGAAACGUAAAAAUAAUCAAGGAAAAGAAGUAACAUAUGAUGUAGAAGGACGAGCUUUAGUUCCUAUGCCUAAACGGUUAGAGGGAGUUCUGAACAUAGAUCGUGGAAGUUUGAUGUGUCGACCUUGUCUCGCUAAGACCGACAAAGAUCCAGAA